GGUAGGUUGGCAAAGCCCUUGUGAGCCGAGUACUAAAACCUCCCUCUUUUUGAUGCAAGUCAGUCGAAGCCAAACCCAGCCGGCUGAGAGUCAGCCUCCACCGUACUAAUCAACCUCCCUCAAUGUAGCUGAUAAGGACAGGCAGAACCCGUAGAGAGAUACUGUAUGCUGCUGCUGUGCCCCUUCCACAACACCCCAGAUGCCAGCCGGAGACCCCCUGGAUGGAUCAUGUGACCUGCAUGCUGAAUGGAAUAGGGGCAUACAGUACAUUGCGGGGUCACAUACCCAAUCCUCCCCAUUAGCUUGAGGUCCUCCUAGCACCCAGGCUAAUCAUUAUUAUUAAAAAACGGCAUAUUCACAACGAGUUUUAUUUUUCAUUCAUACUGUUAGUGAUUAGGCAUUCAUUUUUUUUUAUUACUUUUUUUUUUUUUUUUCUUUUGGUAAACAUUGCUGUUGGGUUUGGAUAGUUUUUGAAAAAGGAGCCAAGAUGAUUGACUUGAGUUAUCUGACGGAGGAGGAGCAGGAGAUGAUAAUGACGGUGCUGAAGAGGGAUGCAGCGUUGAAGCAGGCGGAAGAAGAUCGAAUCAAGAAAUUACAGAAAAAUGAAGAGGACAACAACAAACUGAAGUAUAUGUCAGGCGAGUGGUUUUACGAAGCCAAGUCGCAGAGGCACAGAGACAAAAUACACGGAGCAGACAUCAUCCGAGCGUCAAUGAGGAAGAAAAAGCCAGUCACGCUGUUUGAGCUGAGCCAGAGCAGAGGCGAGAGGCCAAGCUGGUCGAACAGUGUGAACAAGGACCUCUUCAUUCCUCCAGAGCUCACAGGCCUGGUAGAAGAGCCGGAAGAGGAGGAGUGUGAAGAGAGCAUCAUUGCCAGUGAGAUCAAUGCCACCCAACAAGAAAGACUGAGACAGGCAGCACCGUCCCCAGUAAAGCAAAGACAAAAUCCAUUCAACGAUUCGUCUGUCAGAGCUGAUGCCCUCAACGAGGGACGAGACAGCAGAUUAACAAACGGAAAAGUGGCAUCACAUGAGACAUCUAAUGGGGACCAGUUGUCGUCACCCAGGGAUACUGAAUCCAGUAUAGAUUUACCAACUACAGAGAAUUUCAGGCUGUCCCAAGGAAUUGGUGCACAGGCUCCGGUGCCUAAAAAGAGGACCAUAGUUUACGAACCACAGGACUCAGAGUUAGGCAAUGAAAGCUCCUCACAAAGACAGCAAAAUAGGAGCGACCUGAACAGCUCCACUGGCCUUCCUAAAGGCAUCUUGAAGCGCAAUUCCAGCUCCAGCUCCAAUGACUCUGAAAUCAAUCGUUUCAACAGCGGCGGCAGUCAGGAGCCCCAGAGAAACAGGAGCAUUAUGUCACCAAGUGUCAUCCCAGAAACUGUGGCUGAGAAGACACUCCCGAGUGAGCAGAACGCAGAGGGGUUCUCCCAAAAUUCUAUUGACAGAAAGCAAGUGAGGUUCUCCCCAGGAGUCAGUCAAAGGGAUGCCUCAAGGGCAGCCCAGCUAGUGGACGGAAAAGAAAUGGGGGAGCAUGACUUGCUAGAUUCAGAAUUUGCUAGAACUGCCAAUGCCAAGACGGUUGACGGACCUGAAGGCAACGGGUUGCUCCAAAGCAAAGCUUUUUCAACUUCUCAUGCUCCUGAAACCCUCGAAGUUCACCUUUCAACCACUGAUAAACCUCAGCAACUUGAAGAGACCACACUGCCAGCUUCAUUCACCGCAAAGGAACAAAGUCCACCCCUCCCGGAAAGCAUGUGGCAAGCACCAAGCGGUAAUAGGUUCACAGAUAAUUAUCGAGCGGUGGACACAAGUGAGAAUCUGAGAAAGAGAGAAAUGACAGAAAUGGCAAGAGCUGAAAUAAAUCCGCCCCAAAUCACUGUUGAUCAACAUGAAUAUCAUGCUGAAUCCCCUCCGGUGUCCAGUCUACAGCCUGUCAGUGCUGUGAAAGGUAAGCCUGUAAACGAUCGGGUGCAAAUCCAUGAGAGACCCAAGCCUCCCAAGCCUGAAACACAAAGUUUGAAUCUCACCAGGGAGGCCAGCGAAUCCAUAUCUAAAGUCCUAGAGUGGUUCAGCAGGAGCACUGAAAAACUAAGGUCUUCUGUUGAUGAAAGGGAGUAUGAACCCAACCUUGCAGAACCAGAGCUUGAUCUAGACCCACGUUUUGAAGCCAUUUCCUCCGAAAGGAGAGGCGAGGUAAACACUAACUUUUCCCAACAUCGUCCUGGCAGUCUACAGUCAAACGCGCUCAACUCUUCCACCGUUCCAAGAACUUUUGAAGGGGAUGUUGAGGAAGACUAUAAAAGAAGGUCGCCUGUGGUGGAAGAAGAUAUCAUUCCUGAGACAAAGAAACGGGAGGCAUCAUCACUAUUUGACAUGGUCCAGUCCAUUGUGGACACAAACAUGGCAGGUCAACUGAGGGAGGAGCCAUCAUCCUGUAAAACACUUGAAAGAAAUGUGGAGGAACAGUCUUCUUUCCAAGUAAAAACCACGACAGAGGAUUACACAAGAAGCACACCAGUAGUAGAAGAACAUAUUAUUCCUGAGGUGAAGAAACGCGAUGCACAAUCACUGUAUAACAUGGUCCAGUCCCUGACCAAUAUAGAGAUGGCAGAUCAACCAUGGGAGAUACAAUCUUCCGGGGAAACACUUGAAAGAAACAUGGAGGACCAGUCUUCUUUGAAAAUGAAAGCCAGUAAAGAAGAUUACACAAGAAAAACACCAGUGGUAGAAGAACAUGUAAUUCCUGAGGUAAAGACAAACAAUGCAUCAUCACUAUACAACAUGAUCCAGUCCAUGGUUGACAUAGAGAGGCCUAAUCAACCAACAGAAGAGCCAUCAAUGGAUGAAGGUGUUCAAUAUGAAGCAUUCUCAUUUGAAGAAUGUGACGUAGAAGAAGAAUCUGAACCUGGUGGCACGUAUGAUAGAGUUAAGGACGCUGAAGAAUCUUCUACUCCCUCCCUACAAUGGAGAACUUCAUUUGCUAUACCAGCCUCCAGUGAGGACCAGACUGAAAUCGUACAUGCAUCUAAAUUCUACUGUGACAACUCUGAUAUCGAUGAUGAAAGUACCAUUACUCCAGUCGAGGAAGGCAAGAACUCCAUUUCACUAGAAAAUAAACCAUUGACAGAAGUUGAUUGCAUAGAGAAUAGCACAAUCACCCCUAAAUCCAUUCAUUUAGGUGGGGAAGUGUACACAGUGCAGUCCAGUGACGAAGAUAAAAGCAAGGAUAAUUACGAUUUAGUGUAUUUGUCAAAAUAUACUGCACAUAUAAAACAAAGCAGUCCAGUACCCCUUGUACAAAGCGUCUCAAGCAAAGAGGACAGCCAGACUGGCAAAAUAAGGAACCUGAAGUCCUUCUGGGAGAAGGAGAAAAGUGAACCCAAAAUUAUUGUGGUCAAACAGAAGGAAGCCAAGGAAACUGAUGAAUCUGGAAGCAAACAAAUACAGUGUCCAGGAGUCAGCUCAGCUCAGUCAGGUAAAAGAUUUACCACCUCGGAGUUAGAUCUCAGGAUGAAAGACAGUGAACCUGACCAUGGUUUUGACAGAUACAGGGCAUCCUCUGUUUCCAAUCAAAAGCCCCUUUUCACAGUUCAGACAAUGAAGGAUAGAAUGCAAGGUGAACAUAAGGAUCACACUACCAGCCCCUCACAAUUCCGGAACCUCAAGGACUUCUGGAGUAAAGGACCUAAAGACCUAGGCAGGCCAACUCUCAUAACGAUGGCAUCCUCUGACACUGACAAUACAUCUGGUGAUCUAAAAAGCAAAAGUCCCGCUAGUCAUGGGCCAAAGAUUCAAGAAACAGUUGACCUGUUGCGUCAACAGCAGAUGUCCCCUACAGAGGAAAAGAAGAUAUUAAACCCCCGUUUUUACCCCAAAGUUCUGCCCACGGAAGCUGCAGAGAUUCGGGUCAAAUCCUUUCGAGGGGAACAAUGCCAGAUUCCCAGAGAUCUUUCUGAACCUAAGAAAGAACAGGUGGUGGAAUAUGGGGAGAAAUCAACACAUCCUCCCAGCAUAGAUCAUGAUGCCCUAGGAUCACUUUCAGAGGUUUCUGAGAAAAAGAAAAGUGACGUGGCAUCAAUGCAGAGUACGGAGCUGUCCUUGGGAGAUGAAGGCAUGUCCUAUAAAGAAGAGCCAUGUUCCAGGAGAAUCUCUGAGCGAAGUGACGAUGCUUAUCAUCCCAAAGAAUGGAAGGAAAGGGCGCAAGAUGAAAGCAGUGUUUACCUCCCAGAGGAGCUUGAGCCCAAGCUGAAUGUGGUUCCAAGUUUUUUAAGGUCUAGCACACCUGUGAAAAGCGAGGACUGUCCAAGCCAAGCAAGAGCAGGUGUGCUGCAGUCUUUCAAACACAGAGAGAGCGAAGACGAUGAAGGCUCAUCCCGGGGCACAGCGUCUGACUACGCCAGGUCCUAUACCGGUACUGAGCAUUUCAGAAGUUCCGCUUGUUUUGAUGAAGAGAAUAACCCUGUUAUGAUGGCCCUGAGAAGAAUUUCCCCAAAGCCCAUGUCUUCUUCCAAAAGUCUAGAGGACAUUACGUCAGCCUCGUCAAACGAAAGAAGUCUAAAUAAUGCCAGAGGAGAAUUAGUACUUAGUGCAGAAGAUGAUCAGCAUUCCAAGGUUCAACAAAUCCCAAAAGAAAUCGUGUCAGGAUUUUCCACAGUGCCUUCCCACCCAGUCUCGCUCUCUUUGGAUUCAAAGAAGAUGAAGGAACUGAGCAUGUCGGUGCCUGCAUUCCUGCAGCAAGAGAGCGAUGGGACUGACUCAACCUCAGAAAGCAGUUUCCACAUUGGCAGACACAAGAAGACCGCCAGCUCUCUAACCAAUCUUAGCAACUCCUCUGGCAUGGCAUCAAUGUCCUCUGUCAGCAGUAGCGUCAUGAGUAUCUACAGUGGAGAUUUCGGGAACGUGGACGUCAAAGGGAACAUUCAGUUCACCAUCGAUUACGUGAGCCAGUUGAAGGAGUUCCAUAUCUUUGUGGUCCAGUGCAAAGACCUGGCAGAGGCAGAUGUAAAGAAACACCACUCUCACCCGUACGUUAAAAGUUACCUGCUCCCCGACAAAGCUAAAAUGGGCAAAAGGAAGACAGCGGUGAAAAAGAAGACUUUGAACCCAACCUACAAUGAGAUACUGAGGUACAAAAUUGACAAGGAGACCCUCAUGACCCAAACACUCAACUUGUCCGUUUGGCACAAUGACACUUUUGGACGCAACAGCUUCCUGGGUGAGGUGGACGUGGACUUGUCGACAUGGGACUGGGACAACAAGCAGAUGAACUGGUUCCCUCUUAAACCAAGGGCUCCCUCAGGCAGCCAAAACCUGGAGCACAGAGGGGAGAUGAGAAUAGCCCUCCGCUUCGUCCCGCAGGUCUCCCAAAGUAAAAAGAAGCCCAACACAGGGGAGGUACACAUCUGGGUGAAGGACUGCAAGGGCUUGCCAGCGCUGAGGGCAAGUGGCCUUGACCCCUUCGUAAAAUGUUCGGUGCUUCCAGACACCAGCAGGAAGAGCCGUCAGAAGACGAGGAUUUUGAAGAAGACGUCGAAUCCCCUGUUCAACCAUACCAUGGUGUAUGAUGGGUUCCGGCCUGAGGACCUCAAAGAGGCCUGUGUUGAGUUGACAGUGUGGGACCAUGACAGGCUGGUCAACCAUUUCCUGGGAGGACUGAGGCUUGGCCUUGGAACAGGUAAAAGUUACGGGACGGCAGUAGAUUGGAUGGACUCGAUUGCAGAUGAAGCAAUGCUGUGGGAGCGAAUGAUGGACUUUCCGAACGAAUGGGUGGAAGACGUGUUGCCUCUGAGAAUGUUAAUGAUGGCAAAAUAAACAGAAGGACAAUUAAUGAUUGUAUUGUUGAACAACGGCACAGGAAGACUUGUAUCUGUCAUUACACUGAAAAUGUUUUUUUUUUUUUUUUAAAAAGAGAAUCUAAAUUGUGCUUGGAACAAAUUAUGUAUUGUGUGCAAUUCAAAAUGUCUAAAUUUGAAGCUAUAAAUCUUAGCAGUAAGUGGGUUUUAACAAAAGAGACAUUGCUGUAAUCUCUAUUUGUAUGCAAUUUUAAAUGAUGCAUCAAGACAGGAUAUGGUUUUAAAACUGGACACAGGUUUUACAAGUUCAUAAUGUUUACUUGACUUGUAGAUAAUGGCUUUUUAAUUUUCUUUUUAAAGUAAACAUGUCUGGCAGGUAACUCCUGUGACAGUUCUAUGUUUUUUUUUUCCUUAUUAUUUUUGGGUAGUAUACAGUGGAUUUAUUAUCGGGGAUAUAAAACCAAUACAGUACAAGGAUUAUUUUACAGGAGUAAUAUUUUAACUGACAAAUAUACCUAAAAAUAAAGUUUCACAGAACUUUAA